AUGGAGAUUCAACAACAGAAUUUAAGUUCAGGUCAAAAGUACCCACUGUUCGGACUGGGAACAUAUAAUAUACAAGAGAAUAUGACGGAAGCUGUGGACGCUGCUCUCCGUAGGGGAUAUCGAUUGUUUGAUACUGCCAAAGUAUACAAUAACGAGUCUCAUUUGGGUGAUGCUCUUGAAGUCUCUUUACCAAAACAUUCUUUGAAUCGAGCUGAUGUAGUUGUCCAAACGAAGGUUCUUCCUUACAAUGAUUCUGAAAGAGUGCGCAACGAUGUUCUAGACUCAUUGGCAAAAUUGAAAACUGACUAUAUAGAUGUUGUCCUCAUUCAUUACCCAAAAAAUAAUGAUUGUCAGAACGAAGAUGCUGUAAACAGGGAGUGUAGAAAGGUCACAUACACCGUUCUGCUACAGUUGAAAGCUGAAAAUAAAAUCAGAACCGUUGGAGUGUCUAAUUAUGAGGUUUCUCACAUUCAAGAGAUAUUGGCGGAUGGACAAGAUCUUCCUUCAAUAAAUCAAAUCGAGCUUCACCCCCAUUUCACUAGAGUUGAGUUGGUUCAGUUCUGUAAAUCAGCUGGGAUUCUCGUUCAGGCGUUUUCGUCUCUAGCUAAGCAAAACCAAGAGCUUCUAGAUAGCUCAGAGUUACAACAAAUUGCUUCUAGUCACAACAGCAAUCCUUUACAUGUUCUUCUAUCAUGGGCAUACAAUCAGAAUAUCGCUAUCAUACCGAAGUCCUCAAACCCAUCCAGAAUUGAUGAGAAUUUGAGAGAGGUUUUGAGAACAAGAUUGACGCAAGAUGAGAUUUCCAAGCUCUCAACUCUCAAUAGAGACAAGAAUUACGUUGGUCGUUGUACUGGAUGGCUGGUUGUCUGA